AUGUCUUAUUCGGCAGAUCAUAGAGCUAAGAGGAGGAGAACCGACGACGAUGGUGAAGAUGCCAGCACGAGCACCUUCAAGCCAUCGGCUAGGUUCCAGCCAACUGGCGGCCGUGACUUCACGGUGUCAAUCGCCGUCCCUGGCAGCAUCAUCACAGAUUUAAAAACCGCAGACCAGAGAAUAACAACCACCGGCCGCAUCGCCAGGGCCUUGGCUGUCUUCUGUGUGGACGAAGUCGUUGUCUACGAUGAUAGCCCUAGCGAUUCUCGUCCUCGCGCUGUCGAUAAGGAACGAUAUACUGGUGACACUGAUCCGUGUCACUUCAUCGCGCAUGUCUUAGGGUACCUGGAGACGCCACCUUUUAUGCGCAAAGCACUGUUUCCGCUUCACGACAACCUGGCAAGGGCCGGCCUGUUGCCCAGUCUCGACAUGCCGCAUCACCCUCACAAAGAUGAGUGGCUGCCGUUUCGGGAAGGAUUCACGGUGAAAGGGCGUCCGGAGGGUGGAAAAGGAACAUCCGUGGACAUUGGACUCCAGAGGCCCGUGACCAUCUCUGAAGAAAUCCCCCCAAACACGCGCGUGACCUUGCAGUUCCCCGACCAAUCUCUGAAGAAUCCGGAACCAGUGCACCCCCAGACGCCACGCACUGAGGCGGGUUACUACUGGGGAUUCUCUGUCCGAAAUGCAAGCUCACUUUCAGCGGUCUUUACCGAGAGCCAGUUCGAGGGCGGAUACGACAUGAGCAUUGGGACAUCGGAACGAGGCACACCUGCGAACAAGGCAUUCCCACCUUUCAAGAGGCAGACAUUCAAUCAUCUUCUCAUAGUGUUCGGAGGCCCGCGAGGCCUAGAGUACGCUUCUAUGAAUGACCCAGAGCUAGGUGGAAUGGGUAUCAGUGGAGGCCGGACGAAGGAGCUAUUCGAUCACUGGGUCAACGUGCUGCCAAAUCAAGGUAGCAGAACCAUCCGAACGGACGAGGCAGUCCUUAUUUCGAUGACAGCCUUGAGGAGACUUUGGGACGACAGCUAA